AUGUCUUAUGAUAGGUAUCUGGCAGUCUGCAAACCACUACAUUAUGCAACAAUGAUGAAGACCCAAACUUGUGUCCAGUUAGCAGCUACGUCUUGGAUCAGUGGAUUUUCAGUUUCAUUGCUAUUACUCAUUCUGAUGUUGCAGUUACAUUUUUGUGGUCCUAAUGAAAUAGAUCAUUACUUUUGUGACUAUACUCCACUCCUAAAGCUCUCUUGCAGUGACACCAGAAUGAUGAAACAGCUGAGAUAUGUUGCAGCUGCCAUGUUUACAGUUACUCCUUUCCUUCUAACCUUGACAUCUUACGUAUAUAUUAUAGCUGCCAUCUUGAAAAUUCCCUCGAUUUCUGGGAGAAAAAAAGCCUUUUCUAUAUGUUCCUCUCACUUAACUGUGGUGUCUCUUUUCUAUGGGUCUAUAAUAAUUGUGUAUAUGCUGCCAAAGAAUGAAGGAAAGCAAGAGAUAACAAAAUUUUCUUCUCUUCUGUAUAUAGUGCUGCCCCCUCUUCUUAACCCCUUUAUAUACAGUCUGAGAAAUAAGGAGGUCAAAGGGGGUUUGAAAAAUAUGAUUGCCAAGAUAGUGCACUACAAACUCAUUCCAUGA